UGGAGUAAAACCAACUGAAAGCAGUGUGUGCAGAGAUAUCUUCAUGUGUCCUUUAUCCCUUAAUGGGCACAUCACAGUUCACACGGGACACAAACCAUAUGAGUGUCAGGAAUAUGGUGAGAAUCUAUAUAAAUGUAAGGAACAUGGUAAAGCUUUCAGUUGUUCCAGUUCUGUUCAAAUACAUGAAAGAACUCAAACUGGAGAAAAACCCUAUGAAUGUAAAGAAUGUGGGAAAACCUUCAUUUCUCUUAGAAGCAUUCAAAGACACAUGAUACUGCAUACUGGAGAUGGACCAUAUAAAUGUAUGGUGUGUGGGAAAGCCUUUGGUUUUCCCAGUGCAUUUCAAAGACAUAAAAGAACACACACUGGGGAGAAACCCUAUGAGUGUAAGCAGUGUGGUAAAGCCUUCAGUUGUUCUAGAUCUCUACGAUAUCAUGAAAGCACUCACAGUGGAGGGAAUCCCUAUGAAUGUAAGGAAUGUGGGAAAACCUUCAUUUCUCUCAAAAGUGUUCAAAGACAUAUGAUGAUACACACUAGGGAUGGCCCUUAUAAAUGUAAGGUGUGUGGGAAAGCCUUUGGUUUUCCCAGUGCAUUUCAAAUUCAUGAAAGGACUCACACUGGAGAGAAGCCCUAUGAAUGUAAGGAAUGUGGGAAAGCAUUCAUUUGUCCCAAAAGUGUUCGAAGACACAUGAUAACACACACUAGAGAUGGCCCUUAUAAAUGUGAGGUGUGUGGGAAAGUCUUUGGUUUUCCCAGUGCGUUUCGAACACAUAAAAGAACACACACUGGAGAGAAACCUUAUGAGUGUAAGCGGUGUGGUAAAGCCUUCAGGUGUUCUAGUUCUCUACGAUAUCAUGAAAGGACUAAUGGUGGAGAGAAACUCUAUGAAUGUAAAGAAUGUGGGAAAGCUUUCAGUUGUUCCAGUUCUGCUCGUAUACAUCAAAGAACUCACAUUGGAGAGAAACCCUAUGAAUGUAAGGAAUGUGGGAAAACUUUCAUUGCUUUCACAAGCAUUCAAAGACACAUGAUACUGCACACUGGAGAUGGACCAUAUAAAUGUAAGGUGUGUGGGAAAGCCUUUGGUUUUCGUAGUGCAUUUCAAAGUCAUGAACGGACUCACACUGGAGAGAAACCCUAUGCAUGUAAACAAUGUGGGAAAGCUUUCAGUUGUUCCAGUUCUGUUCGAAAACAUGAAAGAACUCACUGGAAAGAA